AAAAAAUGUAGGUAUUAACACCAGCAGAUCUAAAAUCAGAUAAAAAAGUGAUUUUAUAUGGAGCAACACACUGUCCCUAUUGUUCUAAAGCAAAAGCUCUUUUAACAAGCCUUAAUGUAGAAUUUGAGUAUCGUGGAACUGAUGUAUCAGCCUAAUUUGAAAAAGAAAGAGAAGCAUUAGGAAAACACCUAGAAUAUGAGACUAUUCCUAUGAUUUUUGUUAACAAUUAAUUCAUAGGUGGUAACUCAGAUUUGCAUGAGCUUCAUGAAAAAGGAGGCCUGUUGCCAUUGUUAAAAUGAGAAAGUAUUAUCCAUAUAAAGAAAAAAUUUAUAUAUUAAUCAGCAUGCC